AAGAAAGCAAUAAACAUUUUUUCAAAUUAUUCUUCUUUUCUGUUUUUCUAACAGUUUGCAAUUUCUUGAGUUUCUUCUCGGCGGUGCUUAACCUUUGUAUUUAGCUGACUCAGGAAAUAGAAAACUUACACGGAUGUUGAUAACAAAAGGUGCUGAAAUAGACGUCGUGACUGAUUGUGGCACACCAUUGCAAGUUGCAGCAGGGAAUGGAAAGGAAGAUUUUGUUAAGGUUCUGGUAGAAAACCAUGCCAAUAGGAAACAGAAGUCGAAGGAGCAUACUUUUCUUUCAAUGGCAAAAGAAGCGGAUUCUUUCAAAAGAAAGGACUAUUUUGGUGCAGCGCAGAAGUACUCAGAGGCUAUCCGUUAUGAUCCUACUGAUGCAAUUCUGUCAUCCAAGCCUAAUUGGCCAAAGGCAUACCUUAGGGUCGGAGCAGCAUGGAUGGUUUUGAAAGAAUUUGACAAAGCUGCUGCCGCCUUUCAUGCUGGCUUGAAGUUGGAUCGUAAAAAUGAGGAGCUUGAAUGUGCCCUUCGGGAAACAAUUGAAGCCCAAGGGAGCGAACCCGUAUGUGAGUUCGGACCUGAAUCCUAUGCAGCUUUUCGACACUAAUGAACUGCUUCUUUGAUCUGUUACGAAAGUGAAAAAUUUUAUGUUGUAGUUUCCUUGGUUGGAGGUUGACUGUAGUAGAACAAUUGAACCUUGUUCUCCCAAUACAACCUAAUGUUUUGUUUUGGGCUUAAUUAUCAUGUAGAUAUGGAUAUAUGUCUGGUUGUUAUGUGCUCAUAUAGACUUCACUAGUAUGAGUGUUUUUCAUAGACAGUACAUUUUGUUAUUAAAUACUAAUGCUAUGA